AUGCCUCCCGAGCGGCCGAAUCUACGCGAACUAAACGCUUCUCUCGAAGCCCUCGCCGUUGUAUUCCCCGACGUGCAGGUACAAGUGUUUAGGGAGUUGCUGUCCAAUUUCGACGGCGAGUCAAGACUGGCCCUUGUUGCCGAUGCCCUCCUCAAAAAUCGCGUCGAAUGGGUCAAGGGGCGAUGGAAGGUCAUGGACAAGCAGGAUGCCUCUCCGGCAACUCUGCCCCGGAGCGAAAUGUUCCGCAGCCCAGAGUAUGUCCAGGCUGUGGCAGCGUUGGCCGCUCACGAGUUUCGAGGUUUGGCCAAGUCGACGGUCAACGCCGUUCUAGCCGAGUGCAACUAUGCGUACCUAGAGGCCCGACAGACGCUGGUCGACCUGUCGUCGAAAUCCUGGCGGUUCACGGUGCAGUCGCUCCUCCUGCGACGCAAGCUCCUGACCACGGGGGAGGCCGAGAAUCACCCCUUGGUGGUGUGGCGGUCCACCGGGCAGGGAUCAAUCGUGCCGACGAUCAGAACGACUGGAAACGCCGAACUGGAUCGCGAACUGUACGAUGCUCUCAUCCGCCCCCUGAAGAGGAAAUUGAAGGAAAAGGGGGAAGCAAAGGACCGUGGGCUGGCCGUCCUGCUGAACAAGGAAGAGGCGGAAGCAGCAUGCGCCACUUAUGAAUGUGCUUGCUGCUUCGUCGACUACACGUUUGAAGGCUUUACGAGCUGCAGCAAAGAAGGACACCUGAUUUGCCACCAUUGCGUCCAGAGCUCCAUCAAAGAGGCCCUCUUUGGGCAGGGUUGGCAGAGCAGCAUCAACGUGGACACGGGCACUCUCAAAUGCUUGUCAGCGGAUGGCUCCGGAUGCACCGGUCACGUAUCGUCGGACGACCUUCGACGAGCGUUAUUCACCGACGACAAGUGUGGUCCGGACAUGCUCGACAGGCUGGAUCAACGGCUGGCGGAGCACGGCCUCGUUGCUGCCGACGUGCCGCUCAUUCGCUGCCCGUUUUGCAGCUACGCCGAAAUCGACGACGUCUACCUCCCGUCGCACGAGGCCAGGCCCCGCUUCAAGCUACGGAGCGUCUACAACCUGGCCGUGGCGUCCGCCGCUGUGAUGGGUUUGAUUUCGCUCUUCCCCCUGGCAUUACUAGCAGCCCUCGUUUGCGUGACGGUCAGCGUCAGACUAGAGGUCUGGCGCAGCAUCGGACCCGAAUGGAAGCAAGCCGUGCACAGGCACUGUCGCCGGCGCCGUGGCCUUCGCUUCUCGUGCCAGAAUCCGAAAUGCGCUCGGGCCUCGUGCCUCUCGUGCCACAAGUCAUGGACGGACAUACACGUGUGCAACGAAUCUUCCCUCGUGGCUUUGCGGACACAGGUCGAGCAAGCCAUGAGCAUGGCGAUCAAGCGGGUGUGCCCUCGCUGCAACACGUCGUUUGUGAAGAAUGCGGGGUGUAACAAGCUCACCUGCCCAUGCGGAUACAAAAUGUGCUACGUAUGCCGUGCGGACCUGAGCGAAGACGGCUACCGUCACUUUUGCGACCACUUCCGCCCCGACGGCGACCCGAGGCCGUGCACGCAGUGCGACAGGUGCAACCUGUGGGAGUCGGAGGACGUGGACGCCGUCCUCGAGGAAGCCCGCGAGGUAGCCGAGAGGAAGUGGGCAGAGACGGAGCGGAGGGAGCUGUCUGGGCCCGAGAAGGCCUAUCUCGAAACCGGCGUUGCCUCGCAGGGCGUGCAAUCGAGAGUUGACCGAUUCCUUGCCAGUCACACCGCGCCCAAGCUGCCGGACGUACUGGACAUGAUUGUCGAGGCAAUGUAUGUGUGA